ACCCGGGCGGCGGCCCAGUGCUGCUGAGGCCCCGGAGCCGCGGCGCAGGGCGGCGGGAGCUGGCGGCCGUGGCGUGGGCAGCGGCGCGGGGCCGGCGGGCGGCCGGGCGGGGCUGCGGCAGGGCCGGGGCCGGGAAGCCGGGAAGCCGGGAAGCCGCCGCCAACGCCGCCGCCUCGGCCGGGGAUCUCGGGCCCCGGGUCGGCUCGGCAGGGCCCCGCCCCGCCACGCCCCUGCGCGCCGAGCAGGCCGAGGCGGAGCGGCGCGCCCCCCGCGACGCCGGAGCCGGAGCCCGAGCGCAGCGGCAACCAAGCGGGAACCGGAGCGGGAGCGGAGCCAGAGCGGGAACCUGAGCUGGAGCCGAAGCUGGAGCCGGCAGUGCGGCGCACGGAGCGGAACGAGGCAGCCAAGCCGAGUGAGCGGAGGGUCCUUCCCUGCGAGAAGUCAGAGCUGUGCACGUGGGCAGGCUGGCUCCGCUGUUCUGCUCCAAGGAUUACAUGUCCUUCAAACGCCCCUGCCCCUUAGCUCGAUACAACCGCACCAGCUACUUCUACCCGACGUUCUCAGAGAGCUCAGAGCACAGCCAUCUGCUUGUGUCUCCUGUGCUGGUGGCAAGCGCAGUCAUAGGCGUGGUCAUCAUCCUCUCCUGCAUCACCAUCAUCGUGGGCAGCAUCCGCCGGGACAGGCAAGCCCGGCUCCAGCGGCACCGCCACCGCCAUCGCCGCCACCACCGCCACCACCAUCGCCGCCGCCGCCGCCGCCAUCGAGAGUACGAGCACGGCUAUGUGUCCGACGGGCACACGUAUAGCCGCUCGAGCCACAGGACACGCUACACCUGCAGCCCUGCUGAGGACUGGCCUCCACCCUUGGACCUCAGCUCUGAUGGGGACGUGGAUGCCAUGGUGCUCCGAGAGCUGUACCCAGAUUCUCCACCAGGUUACGAGGAGUGUGUGGGGCCGGGGGCCACUCAGCUGUACGUCCCCACGGACGCUCCGCCCCCCUACUCGCUGACCGACUCCUGCCCCGCGCUGGACCGCGCCCUGGAUGCGGGCAGUGGCCGCAGCCCCGGCCAACACCAGCAGGCACAGAGACCGCAGCGCCAGAGUGGCCUCCGCACCAUUUCCAUGGACACCCUGCCGCCUUAUGAGGCCGUGUGUGGGGCCAACCCCCCCCCAUCGGGCCUGCUGCCACUGCCGGGACCAGAACCAGGGCCGAGGAGCUCCCAGGACUCACCCACCCCAACCCGGGUCCCAGCCUCAGGCCCAGAGAGGAUUAUAUGA